CAGAUUCAUAAAUUCUUAUAAGAACAAUGACUUCUCUAAUGUUCAAAAGUUUGAUACUUGUGUUUGCGACACUAUUUUUAAAGGCAUAUGGAGACUUGCCGCAGUGGUGCGUAGCUGAUUCGCAGGCACCAGAUAGUGCGGUGCAGAUAGCAUUGGAUUGGGCUUGCAGUAAAAAGGGUGGUGGAGCAGAUUGCACUAAGAUACAAAAGCACGAACCUUGUUUCCAUCCAAAUACUGUGAAGGCCCAUGCUUCCUAUGCUUUCAACAAUUACUAUCAGAGGUUCAAGCACCAAGGAGCCAAUUGUUAUUUCUAUGGUGCUGGAAUACCCGUUACUAAUGACCCAAGCUAUGGAUCUUGCAAGUUUGAUUAUAUUCCUUGAAUGGAGUUUGAAGUCAUUUAUUUUCUUACGGUAAAGACAAUAACGAAAUCAAUAAAAUGUUAUGUUGCGUCUCUUAAAUUCAUGUUGUUUCAUAUUUGUCAAUCUAGAUGGUUGACAAAUAUUAUUACCUUUUAAGUAUGUCAUAAACAUUUUGUAGACGUCUUUAUAAUAA